AUGGCGUCGUAUCGCAGCGAGAAGAUGUACAACGGAGAUGAAAAGACUGUUAUCGCAUUUGCUAUUGGGACGACCAUGAGCGCUGCGUCCUACUCGCAUCUCUCGAAGCGAGCCCAUCCGACCGUAACCCAAUGGCCUGGUCAACCAACCGCUAGCGGGUCCGCCAAAGGAAGGCCAGCUCAUCGCAGAAUACAGUGCGUAGCAUGCGGCGAGGAGGCAUUGAACUAUCAGUCGGAAGAUGAUCAUGAACAAAUGGCCAAGUGGUUCAAGCUUCAUAUGCAUCCCGAGUCUCUCAGGGAUGACGCUCUCAACAUCCCACCGCUCCCAACAGGCCUUGCAGAUCAAGCGAUAGCUCGCAAACCGCUCUUGGACAAGUUUGAAAAGCGAUAA